GGUCGGGUCUGUCAACAUCCGGGUUUGGAGACGCCCAGCUUAUGAAAUGCGGCCACCUGGUUGGUCCACCGGCCGCAGCGGCAAAGAAGCCGGAAGUGUCGGCGCAGUCGUGUGCUCAUCGCGGAGUCCGAUGGAUUUGUGUCAAGCUAAAAGUGAGAUACGGCAGCUUCUGAGCAGGGUUGAACCUUCUCAGGUGCCGAAGCUGCUCGACUGGCUCCGCAACUCAGAGGACCUGGACGAGUUGCGAGUCGACAACGGCAAAGUCAUCCUGAGGUCCAUCGCGGAAGAAAUCAGGAAGGGGCUCCCCCCGGACGCCAUGUUGCCGUGUGAGCUCAUCGCCCAGCACAAGAUGCGGCAGCAUUCGCGUCCCACCGCCCACGUGGACGCCUUCUUGUACGAGGACGACUACGUGGACGCCCUUUGCGAGACGGGACGGAUGAGCCGCAGCUACUGCCGCGAGUGCGGCUCCCGCCGCACGGCGCCGCUGGACUUCGUGUCGCACUCGUUCUCCGCGUGCGAGCUGCUCUUCCUCUUCCAAAACGUUCUGCCGGACCUGAGCGGCCGCACGCUCGUGGACGUCGGAUCGCGACUGGGGGCCGUGCUCUACGGGGGGUUCGUGUACAGCUCGGCGUCGCGGCUGGUCGGCGUGGAGCUCAGCGAGGAGUUUGUGGGCCUGCAGAACAAAAUGGUGCACAAGUACGGGAUGAACCCGAGGGUGGAGGUCGUCCACGCCGACGUGCGCACGCAGGCGGUUCUGCUGCAGACCGCCGACGUUCUGGUCAUGAACAACGUCUUUGAGUACUUCAUGGAGCCCGGCGAACAAGUCAGGGCCUGGAGGUUUAUCAUGCAGGCGUUCAGGAAACCAGGUUCUCUGCUGGUGACGGUUCCCAGUCUGGAGGACUCUCUCCAGCCCCUGCAGGUGGCGCUGCCGACCGGCUGGGUGGAGGAACUUCCUGUGGACUACGACGUUUACGUGGGUAAAGACGCAGACCCCGAGGAUCUGCAACAGUUCCACCUUUACAGGGUCUUGUGACUAGACAAUGACUGGACUUGGAGCGUCCACCUGUGUAAAUCUCCCCACAACAAUAAAAAAAAAUAUUCACGUUU